UCUCACACACCCGCCAUUACUUCAGGUGCUAGUCAGGAGAUCUAACCAUGAAACGAGGAAUUCCUGCUCUGAUUGCUAUCUUACUUUACAUAUUGCAAGUUGAUUGUAUAACACAGUGUAAGAAGACGACUGCAUGUUCGUGCAUGGGAGAUAAUGGCAUGAUCGACUUAUCUCCCUUGGCGAGUAACGGCGGAGCGCGGUUUAAAGACAUAUCGGCCACGUCUGGAGACCAGUUUUCCUGGAACCCAUGUAAACCAUUUACAGAGAAGGGCUGCAAGAAUGUGGCAGCGUGUCAGAUCCAGAACGCGAAUCCACCUGCCUACUUCAGUAUCGGCACACAGGACAGCGCCAAAUUCCAAGUGAACAAAGGGGCCUUGACCUUGACCUACUCGGCAGACACCUUCCUUGGAACAGGACCGGAACUUGCACCCAAUUUUCUCAGGUCCGCCAUCAUUACACUGGUUUGUGACAAGUCGGUUGAGGGCACACUCAAAGCUGUGGGGGAAAAACCAGCUAAGAGCGGGAAAUAUCUGAUGACUCUCACCAGUAAGUACGCCUGUGAAUCUACAGGCGGAACCGUUACAGUCACCUACAGUCUCUCUGUAGGAAGCAUCCUCGUUAUAGCGGUGGUGGUGUUGUCUGUCGUGUAUGCCGUUGGCGGUGUCUCUAUACAGAAGUUUGUGAGGAAAGCGGAGGGCAAGGAAAUCAUCCCCAAUCUCAACUUCUGGUCCAGUAUCCCCGGCCUCAUCAAGGGCGGCGUGCUCUUCACUGUACGGUGUGGCAAGGUCAGCCGGUACGACCAGAUCUGAGGCCUGUGUUGGCUGUCGUCUUCAAGAUGUCUGUGUUGGUCGGUCACGAGCAGUCUCAUCAUUUACACGACCGGGUCACAUAAUAUGAGUGACACUCUUACAGCAGAGAAUACAUGGUGUGAUUGUUAUUGUGUUUUGUCGAGUUUUGUAUAUGUCAAAAUGUGACAUUCGAAUAUGUAUUCACAUUGGAAGUUCCGCAAGUCGAGGAGGCCUCGUUUUGAUUCAGGACAUGAAUAUUAAUGAGCAAACGACCCCCUUCCAGCCUGCCGAUGACGUUAUAAUAGUUUGUUCUUCGUAUGGACUUCGCAGUGCAAUUAAUUGUUUCCAGUAUAGAUCAUUUAUUAAAUUGUUUGUUUGAAAA